UGACCGCCUUCCUCCUUCGUCAACAUGGCGCCGAUGUUGGCACCGCUGAAAUGUGGCUUUCACUUUCAAAGACGAAAAUUGGCGCUUCUCCUUCGGCAAACGAGCUCAUAUCAUAUUUGGAAUAAAAGCCAAAGUGGAAACGGGAGAGACCAAACACGCCACAGCACAUAUCUGUUGAGUACCCCUCCACACUUACGAACAGCUACAUGGGGCACAAACAGGAGCGACAACUGUCGUCGGAUUUUGGAGGCAACAAAGCAUUUGCAGGUGACAGACAAACGAACAUGUUGGCAUGGACAUGCGGGAGGAGGGCUAAGCGCAAAUCCAAAAAAUGUGCUGAAGGAGGUGAAUUCAGCCAAGAUCCUGUCUGCAAUGCUGUCUUACGUGUGGCCAAAGGACAGACCAGACCUGCGAGCCCGUGUUGCCGUUUCUCUGGGCCUGCUUGCUGGAGCCAAGAUCACCAAUGUGACGGUGCCCUUCAUGUUUAAGUAUGCAGUGGACGAGCUUAACCAGAUGUCGGGACACAUGCUGAACCUGAAUGACGCGCCAAGCACUGUGGCUACCAUGGCAACGGCCGUGCUCAUUGGCUAUGGCGCAUCACGGGCUUGUGCGGCCUUCUUCAACGAGCUGAGGAACACUGUGUUCGGCAAGGUGGCCCAGAGCUCCAUCCGACGCAUUGCCAAGAAUGUCUUCCUCCACUUGCACAAUCUGGAUCUGGGUUUCCAUCUCAGCCGCCAGACAGGAGCGCUGUCCAAGGCCAUCGACCGCGGCACCCGGGGCAUCUCCUUCGUCCUCAGUGCGAUCGUCUUCAAUCUAGGACCCACAGUCUUUGAGAUGGGCCUCGUCAGUGCCAUUUUGUAUUACAAGUGUGGUGGACAGUUUGCAGCAGUGGCCUUGGGUACCUUGUCAGCAUACACCCUUUUCACCAUUCUCAUCACACAAUGGAGGACUCGUUUCCGGAUAGAAAUGAACAAAGCAGACAAUGAAGCGGGCAAUGCGGCUAUUGACUCCCUUCUUAACUAUGAGACUGUUAAGUACUUCAACAAUGAGAAGUAUGAAGCUGAAAGGUAUGAUGGAUUCCUGAAGAUUUAUGAGUCAUCCUCUUUAAAAACCACAUCCACACUUGCCAUGCUCAACUUUGGCCAGAGUGCCAUCUUCAGCGUCGGGCUCACAGCCAUCAUGUUGCUGGCCAGCAAGGGCAUUUCAGCAGGUACAAUGACUGUGGGAGACCUGGUGAUGGUGAAUGGCCUGCUCUUCCAGCUCUCCCUCCCUCUCAACUUCCUGGGCACAGUGUACAGAGAGACCAGACAGGCCCUAAUAGACAUGAACACACUUUUCACGCUGCUCAGUGUCGACACCAGGAUCAAGGAAAGGGAUCUCGCCCCACCAUUAGCCGUCACACCACAGGAGGCCACCAUCCGCUUCGAGGACGUGUAUUUUGAAUACUUGGAGGGCCAGAAAGUCUUAAAUGGAGUGUCCUUCGAAGUGCCCGCUGGGAAGAAGGUGGCCAUAGUCGGUGGUAGCGGGUCAGGGAAGAGCACCAUUGUGCGGCUGUUGUUCCGCUUCUAUGAGCCCCAGCGGGGGAACAUCUACAUAGCGGGGCAGAAUAUCCGAGACGUCAGCCUUGACAGCCUGAGGAAGGCUUUGGGUGUCGUACCUCAGGAUGCCGUUCUGUUCCACAACACCAUCUUCUACAACCUGCAGUACGGGAACAUCAACGCCACACCAGAGGAGGUGUACCAAGUGGCACGUCUAGCAGGCAUCCAUGAUGCUAUCCUCAGGAUGCCCCAUGGCUAUGACACCCAGGUUGGGGAGCGGGGCCUCAAGCUGUCAGGAGGGGAGAAGCAGCGUGUCGCCAUCGCUCGCGCAAUACUAAAAAAUCCACCCAUCCUCCUGUAUGACGAAGCAACAUCCUCCCUCGACUCUAUAACAGAAGAGAACAUCCUGAGUUCAAUGAAGGAGAUGGUGAAGGACAGGACAUCAAUGUUCAUCGCCCACAGGCUUUCCACAAUUGUAGACGCAGACGAGAUUAUAGUGCUCAGUGAGGGUAAAGUGGCAGAGCGUGGCAACCACCACACCCUCCUCGGCAUCCCGGGCAGCUUGUACGCAGACCUGUGGAACACCCAGAACAGCAAAAUCCUGAACAACAGCAAGAGCUCGCCCGAGCCGCCGGCUGAGCGCCUCUCUCAGAAGGAGGAGGAGAGGAAAAAAUUGCAGGAGGAGAUCCUCAACAGUGUGAAGGGCUGUGGGAACUGCUCCUGUUGAGAGAAGCUGCCACCUCCAUGUCUCUUCAUCCCUCACAGAUGGCCUACGCUGGAAUCCCUAGUCUGUGUGGUAAUGGUGGGGGGGGGUAUGUCCCCACUACCCACUCCAGCCAAGCCUCCACCCAUGUGACUGUCCCUCCUCCUCCUCCUCAUGUGAAUAAAGGCCACUGCUCGCCAAAGUGAAGGAGGAGGAGCAGAACAGGGAGCAAGUGUGUUUAGCACUGGCUGGUGUCCAGAGAUAGAGCUUCUAUGCCAGUUGCCUCAGCUGAAGCCAAGCAUAAGAGACCUUGUAUAUCACAUACGUGUGUGUAAGACAUCUGUUAGUCAACAUGGUUGCCCCCCCCCCUCCUCCUCCAUUUUUGACAUCAGGUUUAUUGACAUCUUCCAUUGCACUGGAAACAGAUGAGAGUACACGUAACGACUUACAUAUGCCUUGAUGUUGACACAAAAUUUGUAUUGAUUACAUUUUUAAAUUAUUUUCCAAAUAAAUUGAACCUAUAGUUUGCUUUUUUAUAUUAAA